AUGUCGCUGGACCGCAGGUCUAAAAGAACCGAUGAUCCGCCAGGAAGAUCCCCGACCAGACUUUCGCCUGAGCAGGGAGUCUCUGGCAGUGUUGCAGAACCUCCUGAACCAGGAGAGAAGACAUGGGUGGGGUGCUACAAUAGAGACCCUGGUGUUUCUCUUCUGGUUGGAGGUGGUGGCCAUUCGCCACAAGGUCAUCUUCCUCCCGAAGACCCCGGAGCACCUGGAAGAAGUGUCCCGCGGGUUUGCAGGGCUGGCACGCCACAGAGCUUUUAUCAAAGCUGCGGUGCCAUCGACGGCUGUCACAUCCGCAUCAAGCCUCCGAGCGGCCCUGAUUGUCAGUGCUACAGAAACAGGAAACUGUUUCCAUCCAUAAUCCUUCAGGCUGUUUGUGACCAUCAGGGCCGCUUCAUCGAUACGUACGUGGGCUGGCCUGGAUCGGUGCACGACUCCAGGGUGCUCCGCCACAGCCCACUGUACGCUCAGUCAUCCUACCCUCCUCCAGGGCAUUUCAUCUUGGCCGAUGGAGGAUAUCCAUGCCUCCAACGGCCUCUCCCCCUCAUCACUCCUUACAAGAGGCAGGUGCAAGGUGUGGGAGCCCAGCGCUUUAACAGCCAUCAUUCCAGGGCACGCUCCAUUAUAGAGGGUGGUUUUGGAAUGAUGAAGACAAGGUUCCGGUCCAUCUUCCUGCAAGCGCUGGAGGUGCACUACACCUUUGUUCCUCAUGUUGUGACAGCAUGCACCAUCCUCCACAACAUCUGCCUCAGUGCCGGAGACGUGUUGGCACCUGAGGAUGAGCCUGAGGACGAUGUGGAGGAAGAUGAGGGGGAGGCUGACAUGGAGGCCGUCAGCGGUGCUCAGUGGCGGGACCAACUCUGUGCUGAGGUGUCUGCCCUGGAGGUUGUACCACCAGGUCAUAACUACCUUUAACAAGCAAAUGUGACAGCCGUUGAUUGAUUCGCUCUGCAAACCCUGCUGGUGGACGAUGUAGUGGACAAUGGGAGGAGACAUCCUGAAGCUCUCUGCAGACCACCCUGUGAUGUUUCACUCGCCAACCAGAGGACCAGCCACGGAUCCCUGCUGCACUCCAUCCAUGUCUCUCAUCCUUUCAGCGGCUCCAGCAACACUGCCAGGGACUCCCGUUGUAAUCAAACAUAAAAAUGGUCCAAUACCUGGUCACUCAGAUUAAUCCUGCAGUGAUCUGUUAAAAUCUGUUGUCCUGUAAAUAGUUCUGUAAAUAGUUUCUGUAUGUUCUUGAAUUUUGUUACCUCAAUUUUGUUUUCUGAAUGUUAUUAAAUAAUUAUACACUUAAUUUUCUUUACAAAUGUUCCUUUUACUGAAAAGUAUGGAAAAUAAAAAAGAAAUACAAUGAAUGAGAAGUAUUUCUUUCAAACAAUUUAUUUCAAACAACUAAAGCUAACAAUGGAAAAAAUUUAAUCCCUCCCACCCCAAGAAAAAAAAAAAUUAUUUGGGGACCCAACACUCCAGAAUGGAGAAGAGCCUGUCCAUCCUCUCCCUGCUCUCCUGUGCCCUCCUCUCUUCAGCCUGUGCUCUCCUCUCUUCAGCCUCUCUCUGCUGCCUCAUGUCCUCCCUGAUGAGGUCUAACAGCUCCUGGUCACUGUCCCUUC